CCGGCAACCUCCGCCGGGUCACGGACUGCGGGGCGCUGCUGCUGCGUGCUCCCCGGCCGGCGGCGACACGAUGAUGAUGAUGAUGAUGAUGAUGUCCGGAUCAGGCUCAGUGGUUUUACCGGCCGGGAUGAUCAAUCCGUCGGUCCCGAUCCGGAAUAUCAAGACGAAAUUCGCCGUUCUCGUUGGACUGAUCCAGGUCGGGGAGGUUAGCAACCGGGAUAUCGUUGAAACGGUGCUGAAUUUGCUGGUGUGUGGUGAGUUUGAUCUGGAGACAAACUUCAUCAUACAGGAUGCAGAAAGCAUUGGUUGCAUGGUGCAGCUGCUGGAGCACUGUGACGUCACAUGUCAGGCCGAGAUCUGGAGCAUGUUCACCGCCAUCCUGCGCAAGAGUGUCCGCAAUCUGCAGACAAGCACUGAGGUGGGCCUCAUCCAGCAAGUGCUGCUCAAGAUGAGCUCCGUCGACGAUAUGAUCGCAGACUUGCUGGUGGACAUGUUGGGUGUGCUGGCCAGCUACAGCAUCACGGUGAAAGAGCUGAAGCUCCUUUUCAGCAUGCUGCGAGGGGAAGGGGGGCUCUGGCCUAAGCACGCGGUCAAACUCUUGUCAGUGCUUAAUCAGAUGCCCCAGAGACAUGGUCCAGAUACCUUUUUCAACUUUCCCGGUCGCAGCGCUGCAGCCAUUGCUUUACCUCCUAUCGCUAAGUGGCCGUACCAGAAUGGGUUCACGCUUAAUACUUGGUUCAGAAUGGAUCCCCUUAAUAAUAUAAACGUUGACAAGGAUAAACCGUAUCUUUACUGCUUUCGCACGAGCAAGGGCGUUGGGUACUCGGCUCAUUUUGUUGGUAACUGUUUGAUCGUGACGUCGCUCAAGUCAAAAGGAAAAGGCUUCCAGCAUUGUGUGAAGUAUGACUUUCAGCCAAGGAAGUGGUACAUGAUCAGCAUCGUUCACAUCUACAACCGCUGGAGGAACAGUGAAAUCCGAUGCUACGUUAACGGACAGCUUGUUUCUUAUGGAGACAUGGCAUGGCACGUCAACACAAAUGAUAGUUAUGAUAAGUGCUUCCUGGGGUCCUCGGAGACGGCGGACGCUAACCGAGUAUUCUGUGGACAGCUCGGAGCCAUGUACGUGUUCAGUGAAGCGCUCAAUCCAGCACAGAUAUUUGCAAUUCAUCAACUAGGACCAGGCUAUAAGAGCACAUUCAAGUUUAAAUCAGAAAGUGACAUCCACUUGGCGGAGCAUCAUAAGCAGGUGUUGUACGAUGGAAAGCUGGCCAGCGCUAUUGCCUUCACCUACAACGCCAAGGCAACUGAUGCCCAGCUAUGUCUGGAGUCCUCACCCAAGGAAAAUGCCUCCAUCUUUGUGCACUCACCCCAUGCCCUUAUGCUACAGGAUGUGAAAGCCACUGUGACACACUCCAUUCACAGUGCAAUCCACUCAGUUGGUGGGAUCCAGGUACUCUUUCCCCUCUUUGCUCAGCUAGACUACCACCAACUGAAUGACAGCCAAGUGGAGACUACUGUGUGCGCUACUCUCCUGGCCUUCCUGGUUGAGUUGCUCAAGAGUUCUGUGGCCAUGCAGGAGCAGAUGCUGGGAGGGAAGGGCUUUCUGGUGAUUGGGUACCUACUGGAGAAGUCAUCACGUGUACACAUCACCAGGGCUGUGUUGGAGCAAUUUCUGUCCUUUGCUAAAUAUCUGGAUGGCCUGACACAUGGGGCACCACUGCUCAAGCAGCUGUGUGACCAUAUCCUGUUCAACGCUGCCAUCUGGAUCCACACCCCUGCCAAGGUGCAACUCUCCUUGUACACGUACCUCUCUGCGGAGUUCAUCGGCACAGCAACAAUCUACGCCACUAUUCGCCGAGUGGGCACAGUGCUGCAGCUCAUGCAUACUCUGAAGUACUACUACUGGGCCAUCAAUCCUGCAGACAGCAGUGGUAUCACACCAAAAGGUCUUGACGGACCAAGGCCUACCCAAAAAGAGAUCAUAUCUCUGCGAGCAUUCAUGCUGCUUUUCCUGAAGCAGCUCAUCUUGAAGGACCGAGGUGUGAAGGAGGAUGAGCUCCAGAGCAUCCUGAACUACCUAUUAACAAUGCAUGAGGAUGAGAAUCUGCACGAUGUUUUGCAGCUGAUGGUGGCCCUCAUGUCUGAGCACCCGGCAUCCAUGAUCCCCGCCUUCGAUCUGAAAAAUGGAAUACGUGUAAUAUACAAGCUAUUGGCCUCUAAGAGUGAAGGCAUCCGAGUGCAGUCCCUUAAAGUACUUGGCUACUUCCUCAAGUAUUUGGGCCACAAGAGGAAGGUGGAGAUCAUGCACACACACAGCCUCUUUACUCUCCUGGGGGAGAGGCUCAUGCUGCACACCAACACCGUCACGCUGACGACCUACAACACCCUAUACGAGAUUCUCACAGAGCAGGUGUGCACACAAGUGGUUCACAAACCUCAUCCGGAGCCCGAUUCCACGGUCAAGAUCCAGAAUCCGAUGAUUCUCAAGGUGGUGGCCACCCUGUUGAAAAGCUCCGCCCCAAGCACAGAGCUGAUGGAGGUUCGACGUCUCUUCCUCUCCGACAUGAUCAAGCUGUUCAGUAACAGUCGUGAGAACAGACGGUGUCUGCUCCAGUGCUCUGUUUGGCAGGAUUGGAUGUUCUCGCUCGGCUACAUCAACCCCAAGAACACCGAGGAACAGAAGAUCAGCGAGAUGGUCUACAACAUCUUCCGUAUUCUGCUUUAUCAUGCCAUCAAGUACGAGUGGGGAGGCUGGCGUGUGUGGGUGGACACCCUCUCUAUCGCCCACUCCAAGGUGACAUAUGAGGCUCACAAAGAGUACUUGGCUAAGCUGUAUGAGGAGUACCAGCGUCAGGAGGAAGAAAAUAUCAAGAAGGGGAAGAAGGGUUUGGUCAGUACCAUCUCUGGACUGUCUGCCCAGGCCCCGGGGAUUAAGAGUAACAUUGACAUCAGAGAAACUGACGACAACUCCCGGACCCCUGAGAGCGAGGCGGAUUAUGAGAGUUCUGACUCACGCAACCUAAUUGCUGAGGGAAAGGGGUCUGAGGAGGCCCUCAGGGGGACUGAAGAAACAGUUGGUGGGGUCCGAGUGGAAGUUAAUGACCUUCUGGUAGACAUCAAGGCUGAAAAAGUGGAGGCUACAGAGGUGAAGCUGGAUGAUAUGGAUUUGUCCUCUGAGACUCUGGGAGUUUCUGAGAAUGGAGGGCUGGUGGAGGUGGACUCUCUGUUGGAUAGCGUCUACUGUGCCGCUGUGAAAAAACUCAACAGUGAUGUCAACAGCGUGUUGUCAAAGGCCAGCAUGGAGGACAAAAACACAGGCCCACUUAUCACGCUGGAUGACGAUAAGGACGUUAUCCCCAACAACAACUUCCUUUUUGGCAAGGUGGGAAGCAGCAUGGAGACCAAGCUGCUGCCUGAGCUGAAUCCAGAUGAGUCGCUGGUCCUGCCCAGCCCACAACCUCAGGUCCACACCAGCACUAGUGAUGACCUGGGCCUUCUAACUCACAUGACAGGCAGCUCUGAGCUGGGCUCCAUACCCAGCAUCCUGCAGGACACCAGCCCAGUCCUGAAGGAUGUCAACUCUACGGCAGGGGCUGGGAGUGAGACUUCCUCCAAGGGAUCAGGGGUCUCUGAGGGUGCAGCAGCCAUGGCGCCUGAGGGGAGUGUCUUGGCUGCUAAGGCAGGAAGCGCAGUGGAUGCAGCUGGCACCACUUCUGACACAGAAAAGUCAGAUGAUGGCAAAGACAAACAGAUGAAGAAGAUUCAGACAACCACCACCACUCAGAGUGCACACAGACGUCUGAACAGUCAGAUGGAGAGGGACAUGCGUGUGGAUCUAGGCUUCAGGGCCAUGCCCAUGACAGAGGAACAGCGUCGGCAGUUCAGCCCCGGCCCACGCACCACCAUGUUCCGCAUCCCGGAGUUCAAAUGGUCGCCCAUGCACCAGAGACUGCUCACUGACCUCCUGUUUGCACUGGAGACUGACGUCCAUGUCUGGAGGAGCCACUCCACCAAAUCUGUCAUGGACUUUGUGAAUAGCAAUGAGAACAUUAUUUUCGUCCACAACACCAUCCACCUCAUCUCGCAGAUGGUAGACAACAUCAUUAUUGCCUGCGGUGGGAUCCUGCCCUUGCUCUCAGCGGCCACGGCUCCCUCUAUGGAGUUGGAGAACAUCGAAGCAACACAGGGCAUGUCCUCAGAGACUGCUGUCACCUUUCUGUCCCGCCUCAUGGCCAUGGUGGACGUGUUGGUAUUCGCAAGCUCCCUAAACUUCAGCGAGAUUGAGGCCGAAAAGAACAUGUCCUCUGGUGGCCUCAUGCGGCAGUGCCUCAGGCUUGUGUGCUGUGUGGCUGUUAGAAGCUGUCUGGAGUACAGGCAAAGACAGAGGGACAGGGGGGCCAAGUUCUCCAUCCCCAACAGCAAAACUCAGGAAAACCUGCACAGCACCUUGGCGGCCAGCAAGACAGCCACAGAGAAUGUCUCCAGUAACCUUUCUCCCAUCAAGGAUCCUGACCGCCUCCUGCAGGAUGUGGACAUCAAUCGACUGCGCGCCAUGGUGUUCCGCGAUGUGGAUGACAGUAAGCAAGCCCAGUUCCUGGCUCUGGCCGUGGUCUACUUCAUCUCUGUCCUCAUGGUGUCCAAAUAUCGGGACAUCCUGGAACCCCAGCGUGAGACUGCCAGGAUAAGCAACCAAUCAGGCCGCUGCAUGCGCCAGGAAAUCAACUCACCCACCAGCACAGAGAAUCCCUUAGCAUUUGACAGCAGUAAGGACCACCCAACGCCAUCCGAGGACUUUUUGACGGAGGGCUCUCUCCCUCACACAGACUCUGGUAUCGGGGAGGAGCAGGUGGCUGGUGUCCUGAACGGGUCUGACCUGGACCAAAGCACUGGGGGGCCAGAUGCUAUGACUGAGCUGUUGUCCACCCUUUCUUCAGAGGUGAAGAAGUCCCAGGAAAGCCUCUCAGAGUCCCCCAGUGUGGAAAUGCUGAAGCCUCCCUCCUCCAUCUCCAGUAUCAGUGAGUCAAACAAGGGCAUCAACAUCAAGGAGAUCCUGAAGAGCCUAGUGGCUGCUCCGGUGGAGGGCGUGGAGGCAGGGCCGGAAACUGUGUCCUACACAGACCUUGCUGCCAAGGCCCAGGCCCAUGCCAUGCUGCCCAUGCAGUUCCACUCCUUUGACAGAAGUGUGGUGGUACCAGUGAAGAAACCUUCCGCCGGCAGCCUGGCGGUUAACACGGUAGGCAGUGCCAGCACCUCUGUUGGGCUGACAGCUGGCAGCACCCCCAACAUUUUCGCUGCAGCCUCCACCACCCCCAAAAGUAUGAUCAACACUACGGGAGCCACAGAUGCCACCUCUGCCUCCUCCGCCUCCUCCUCCAGUUUUGUCAAUGGAGCCACCAGUAAGAAUCUGCCAGCUGUGCAGACAGUGGCCCCCAUGCCAGAAGACACGGUAGAAAACAUGAGUACCUUUUGUGAAGUGGAACAGUGUCCACUACAACGGGGACUACCUCCCCCUGAGCUCAAAUCCUUUACCUCUCUGGCAGGGUUCCAGGCAGCGUCCAGAGGUGCAGGGCGGUGUCAUAGCAUCACCACCAAACUCGAGCGGGCUCUAGAGAAGGUGGCGCCCCUUUUGAGGGAAAUCUUUGUGGACUUUGCCCCCUUCUUGUCACGCACCCUUUUGGGCAGCCACGGCCAGGAACUUCUCAUUGAAGGUAUAGGUCUGGUGUGUAUGAAGUCAAGCACCUCGGUUGUGGAGCUGGUCAUGCUGCUUUGCUCUCAGGAAUGGCAGAACUCCAUACAGAAGAAUGCUGGCCUAGCUUUCAUUGAGCUGAUCAACGAAGGACGGCUGCUGUGCCAUGCCAUGAAGGACCAUAUAGUCCGGGUCGCCAAUGAGGCUGAGUUCAUUCUUAACAGACAGCGGGCGGAGGAUGUCCACAAACAUGCAGAUUUCGAGUCCAACUGUGCACAGUAUGCCGCUGACCGUAAGGAGGAAGAGAAAAUGUGCGAUCACCUCAUAAGUGCCGCUAAACACAGAGACCAUGUGACAGCCAACCAGUUAAAACAGAAGAUCGUCAACAUCCUCACCAACAAACAUGGCGCCUGGGGGACCCUGGCCCAGAGUCAGCUUCAUGACUUCUGGCGUCUCGACUACUGGGAGGAUGACCUGCGCCGGAGGCGGAGAUUUGUCAGGAACCCAUUUGGAUCCACCCAUUUGGACAUUACGUGCAAGUCAGUGCAAGACUACGGCCCAGAAGAUGAUACGGUGGUCAAAUCUAAGAAGGCCUUCCGCGGCCAGUCCAUGCCCAACCAGAGCCCAGAGACCGAACUGACGCUGGAGGGGGACGACGAUGCUGCCAGCCUGCUGCAAGAGAAAGAGAUGGACAAUCUGGGUGGCCCCGUGGUCCUCAGCAGUCCGGCUCAGCUUGUCGGCCCGGUUGUAACGGCACGCGGGACGCUGUCCAUCACCGCCACUGAAAUCUAUUUUGAAGUGGACGAGGAUGACCCGGCCUUUAAAAGGGUCGACGCAAAGGUGUUGGCCUGUACGGAGGGUCUGCAUGGGAAAUGGAUGUUCAGUGAGAUCCGAGCAGUCUUUUCUAGGCGCUUCCUCCUUCAAAACACAGCGAUGGAGGUCUUCAUGGCCAACAGAACAUCGGUCAUGUUCAACUUCCCUGAUCAGGCCACAGUGAAGAAGGUGGUCUAUAGUCUUCCACGGGUGGGAGUAGGUACCAGCUAUGGCCUCCCACAAGCCAGACGCAUCUCUCUAGCCACUCCUCGGCAACUUUUCAAAUCGUCCAACAUGACCCAGCGCUGGCAGAGGAGAGAGAUAUCCAACUUUGAGUACCUCAUGUUUCUUAAUACCAUUGCUGGGAGGACUUACAAUGACCUGAACCAGUAUCCAGUCUUUCCCUGGGUCCUCACCAACUACGACUCAGAGGAGCUGGAUCUGACCUUGCCAGGAAACUUCAGAGACCUCUCAAAGCCUAUUGGAGCUCUGAAUCCUAAGCGUGCAGUAUUCUAUGCUGAGCGCUAUGAGACAUGGGAAGAUGACCAGACACCACCCUGCCACUAUAACUCUCACUACUCUACAGCUGCCUCCACCCUGCACUGGCUCGUCCGCAUCGAGCCCUUCACCACAUUCUUCCUCAGUGUCAAUAGCGACAAGUUUGACCACCCUGACCGCACGUUUUCCGACAUUGCCCGCUCCUGGAGGAAUUGCCAGAGGGACACAUCUGUUGUUAAGGAACUGAUUCCAGAGUUCUACUACCUCCCAGAGAUGUUUGUCAACAGCAACGGAUACCAUCUGGGGAUGAGAGAGGACAGGACCAUGGUUUGUGAUGUGGGCCUCCCGGCCUGGGCCAAGAAACCCGAGGACUUUGUCAGGAUAAACAGGAUGGCCCUGGAAAGCGAGUUUGUGUCAUGUCAGCUGCAUCAGUGGAUUGACCUUAUUUUUGGCUACAAGCAGCGAGGCCCGGAGGCGGUGCGCGCCCUCAAUGUCUUUCACUACCUGACUUACGAGGGCUCCGUCAACCUGGACAGUAUCGCUGACCCUUCACUCAGAGAGGCCACAGAGAUGCAGAUCCAGAGCUUUGGACAGACGCCAUCUCAGUUGCUUAUUGAGCCACAUCCUCCACGCAGCUCUGCCAUGCACCUGUGUUUCCUUCCACAGAGUCCUCUCAUGUUCAAGGACCAGAUGCAGCAGGAUGUCAUCAUGGUGUUGAAGUUCCCCUCCAACUCACCGGUGACUCAUGUGGCAGCCAACACCCUACCCCACCUCACAAUACCUGCCGUGGUCACCGUCACCUGCAGCCGUCUCUUUGCCGUCAACCGCUGGCACAACACUGUCGGUCUCCGAGGAGCACCCGGCUACUCCCUCGAGCAAGCCCAUCACCUGCCCAUAGAGAUGGACUCUGUGAUUGCUAACAAUUCCGGAAGCAACAAGCGUCAGAUCACGGACCUAGUGGACCAGAGCAUCCAGAUCACCACUCACUGUUUUGUGGUGACAGCUGACAACCGCUACAUCCUGGUCUGUGGCUUCUGGGACAAGAGCUUUCGUGUGUACUCCUCAGAGACAGGCAAGCUGACACAGAUCGUUUUUGGCCACUGGGAUGUGGUAACCUGCCUCGCCAGGUCUGAGUCCUACAUUGGAGGAGACUGCUACAUAGUCUCCGGGUCCAGGGACGCCACCCUGCUGCUGUGGUACUGGAGUGGGCGGCACCACAUCAUUGGAGACAACCCCAAUAAUAGUGAUUAUCCAGCGCCGCGAGCUGUCCUGACUGGUCAUGACCACGAGGUGGUGUGUGUGUCGGUUUGCGCUGAGCUGGGCUUGGUCAUCAGCGGUGCCAAAGAGGGCCCGUGUCUGGUUCACACCAUCACAGGGGACCUGCUGCGGGCUUUGGAAGGGCCAGACGACUGCAAGUGCCCACGCCUUAUCUCGGUGUCCAGCGAGGGCCACUGUAUCAUCUACUACGAGAGGGGCCAUUUCUGCAACUUCAGCAUUAAUGGGAAGCUAUUGGCCCAAAUGGAGGUCAAUGAUUCCACAAGGGCCAUUCUUCUCAGCAGUGACGGCCAGAACCUGGUGACCGGCGGGGACAACGGUGUAGUGGAAGUGUGGCAGGCCUGCGACUUCAAACAGCUCUACAUUUACCCUGGCUGUGACGCUGGCAUCCGGGCCAUGGACCUGUCACAUGAUCAACGGACUCUGAUCACCGGCAUGGCCUCCGGCAGUAUCGUGGCGUUUAAUAUAGAUUUCAACCGGUGGCACUAUGAGCAUCAGAACAAGUACUGA